GCCGUUUCGCGCGCGCUGGCGUCAGUUACUCGGUUACGUUCAGUACGUCACUUGCUCGCCGCCGAUCCGCGUAGCGCGUUCGCAAGCGAUACUUCUCUACGUAUACGAUCGUUGACACGCGGAAAAUUCAGAAGGACCGAGAAGUAAAGAGGGGAUCGUCCCGUGCCCGUAUAAUGAUCGUCGUCGCGAAACCGUAGCUCGCAAGACAAGAUAUAAAACGAAAAGGGACUUUUUUUCCUCUUCCCCUAUCCCCAGUGUUCCGGUGAUCCUACUCAGGCGCGUUAUUUGGAUUAAAGUAGAAUAUCGACGAGCACACGCACACCGAAGACAGAAACCAUGAUGCUUCGGCAGAAGAACUACCUCGCCUUGAGAGUGCUGGGCUGCGUCCUUCUGCUGUCGGUGACCACCGCGGACAACAGCGUGCACAUAUUGUCGAAAUAUGGCCACCAGCCACUCACCUCGACUACGCUCAAAUGGCUACCAGUGGCGAACUACAAUCCGAACGAAUCGAAGCAAAUAGUCAUCGGUGGCGUGGAGAACAUCGACAGUGAAGACGAGAGCUAUGCCAACCAGGCAGAGAAGCUAGAGACGAGGAGGCCGGCGCUUUACGUAUGCCGCGCGAUGCACAGCGGCGUAUGGGUAGCCGGCACGCAGAAGGAGAACGAGAGGAUCUGCACGGUAACGAUACACGGUGUCGUGCAACCCUACGAGAGGUACGAGCUGCUGGAGAAUGUCGACGGAGCGGCGCGUAUCUCGUGGGUCCAUUGGGACAAGUAUAUGCAGCCUCACGUGGGUGCGGUGUACGUCGACAAGAUGCUGGUGGCCCGGCACGGGGUCUCCAAGGAGAGAAAGAAGCCACGGUACACUCAUUAUAUCGGCACGCUCAACUCGAUUGAGAAUUUUGGCACCAUCGUCUUCGUGAACGAGGACGGCAGGGAGGAGUCCGCGAAGUCCGGCGAUCUGUUGGUGGAGACCGAGCCGAUCCGUUACGAGCUGAGCGCCGUUAAACUCAACUGGCCUAAGAAGCGUGACAUUAAACGCGUACCACGCGUACUCAGCGAGGUGACGAUCGUCAACCGCGGUGCGGAAGCGGCGAAUCUGGCGGAGGCCUGCGUGUACACGUACAAAUACGCGGUCUACUGGGGUCGUCGGCACGCCAUCCUGAACGGUUUGAGCACCACGAUCACCCUGAUGAAUGGCACGUCCUUGCCGAACAUAACGUGGGGCACGCGCGACGAGGAGAAUCGCACGGAGGUUUACAAUGUGCUGGUUUAUUUAGAGCCUGGCACAGGAGUGAACGUGACUUUAAAGGCAAAUUACACUGAUAUGGAGGUGCCAUAUACUGCAACGUUGAUCUCACAUUAUGAGGAUGGCGAGACAACGUCACGCAUGAUCAGUGGCACUCGGCAGGAGGAAACGUUGUUCGAUAUCACGCCGGAAUUCGGACGUGUCUAUUUCCUGAGCAAUUUCAGCCUAGUGCCGACCACCGUGCCGCCGCCUACUACGACCACCGAGCCGUCGACUACGACGAUGAUGACGACAACGACGAUGAUGACGACGAUGAAGCAGCCGCAGGAGGAUAAGGAGACGCAACGACACUGGACGGAUGACCCGUCGGACAUUGACCACGACGAGAACAUGAUCCUACCGCCGAAGAAGACAGAUAUAUCGACGGGAAUGCAGAGCGACGACGGCGGUCCGCUAUCCCUCAAGAACAAGGUGGUGGUGGAGGUGAUGUACGCCGGCGCCACCUCCAUCGCGCUUCAAUCGUGCUUACUGACGCUCAUCGUCCCAUCGCUAUUGCUACUGAUCCUCCACAAAAUCACGUGAAGGACCGAUCGCGCGUUUACUAUCGUCGUCGCCUCUAAAUGUUAAUUUCCCGCAAUAGUAAUAUAAUGAUAUAACCUAGUAGGCCACACAGUACCGACAGAAAGAAAAAAAAAGGAUUAAAAAAGACAAAAAAAGAAUUACACAGAGAAAAAAAAAGAAGAAAAAAUACAUAUAUAAAUAUAUAUUAUGCGCGGAAAGAAAAAAUUGCUGUAAUUUCGUACGUAGUGAUUAUGGCGCGAAUGACCUCUUUAUUUAAACACAUACAUACGGACACUACCGUACACGUACCGCUAAAUCGCGGUGCUGAUAUAUGCUUGCCUUUAAAAAAGAAAAGAAACUCGAUAUUUAAUAUAUAAUAUAUCUAUACUAUUACACACACACAUACACACACGCGCGCGCGUUUUAAGAUAGCGGAAAGAUUGAGAGAAAAGUAUCUUCGCGAUUGAACAAUGGAGCUAGUCUCACGACGAUGAGUUAAGUACAAGAUCGAGAUCGCAGCGACCGAUGUGUAGGCGGAUUAAACCUGACCUGACCGCGAAACGUUCACCCGUUAUAUUGUUGAAUAGCCGAUCGCGUAACAAUCCGUCUUUUUCUAAUCCCGCUGUGAAACGAUUUUUCAACUGUAAUCUAUGUCUUAUGCCUCCUCUCUUUCUCCUUCGCAAAGCGUAACCCUAGGUCCCUUAGAAGACUAAUCAUUUCGGAAGAUUAUACAUCUUUUUUUCGAGGGUUGGAGAGCGAAGAAGAGAGCUAUAAUUGCCGCGAAUACGUCUUGGACGAGUAGCAUACACGACGAGUCGGGAGGCGAAUAGAAGUUAAGCAAUGAAGAAAAAAAGAGCAAGAUAAAGAGCGAGUUAAUUCAGCUACGAUAUAUUUUUGAGAUUGCCGUAUAAUUUUAGAAGAUUAUAAAAUUUAUAAGGGUAGCAAGUAAGAGAGAAAAAAAAAAACGUGAAGGAGUGGAUGGGUACGCGAUUUUUUUGCGGAUACUAAUUCGAUUAAGUUCCGACGCUGUCGCAGCGAAGUGACAAAUGUGCAAACCGGUCGUUCAAUAUGUAACUACAUGUUGCGAUAAUGUUAAGUGAUAACAAUAUCCGCGAGCAUGGAUAGAAAGUUAUUCACGAAACGUGUGUUGUUAAUGCGACACACAUGUUUUUCUUUGCAGUUCUAAGCAGUUCGAUACAACAAUACCCAUUUGUAUGUACCCAUCUGUUGCCAGCAUGUAAAGUGAUAGGAUCUGCAGGUUUCUUAGAAUACUGUUGAAAAAGAUUGUAACGGAGAAGAGGAAACAUUGGUAUAUAUAAUAUAAAUAUUCAAGAUAAUUCAUUAAUAAAGAAGAGUAUAGAAUAUUUUGAUACGCGUGCAAAGUAUAGUUAUUCAGUUCAAUGUUUCGUGGAAAGAUUUUCGUUUACUCGAAAAGCGAUACACACAAAUGGACGGUCAUUUUUCAUACGAGGUUACGUUAUCAGCGUUUUUACUGAACAAGUAUCAACAUAUAUGUAUAUAAUAUGUAUUUCUAUGAUCUUGAUAGUUGUAAUAUUAUGUAGUAAGCUUAUUUAUAUGUAACAUGAUUUAUAGAUAUUUUUUCUCUAUCGAUAGUAGAUCGUCUCUCGUACAAGUACAAUUCUUAUAUUUUACUAUUAACCGACGAUGAAAUCGUAGAAUUAGCGCGAGACCAUUUAUUUCGGACUAAAUCGGAAGUGUCUCUAACGAUGUUUAUCAAUCGUAAGCCUAAUCACGCGCCUGAUGUGAUAUUUGAUGGAAACUUUACAUAGGACACGAAAAAAAAAGGGAAACAAAAAACAUCAUGUUGAGCAAUUCGUGAGCGUUGUAUUGAUUGCAUUGAGAGAAAGCAAUAAUUCAUUGCGAGAUUGAAGAACUCGAGAAAGAUAUAAACAAACGCAAAUAAAAUUUGUGGUACCUAUAUUUCUUCUAUAUUCUGAAUAGACUAACGAAACGCACGCGACGUGAGUAAAUGAUCCUGUGGCGGCGUAAUUUUAAACGGGGACAAAAUUUGAUGGAGAAAGCUACAGUUCAUACGACUCGAUCACAGAUCAACAAUUACUUCUUGAUUCACCCUGUACGCCGGUAGAUUAAUGAACCCUAAAAAAUCUAGUUAUCGACCUCGGUCAAAGCCAAGAAUUGUUCUAAAAAUAUCCAUAUUCUCGACACAGAUGUAUUAUUUGUGAAUAACGCUGCUGUAUUGUACAUUAUCAUGUAAAUAUAAAUGCUAUGUACAUACAAAA